GAGGGGGCGGGGCGAGGCGAGGUGGAGGAAGCAGGUGGAUUGCUGGGUCACGGGAGAAGAGGGUCGCCGCUGAGCUUCUGCGCCCUUUCCCGAGCGGGCGUGCGGCUGCGGCUUCCUUCUUGACCGGCUUCCCCGCGAGGCAGAAUCUUCUGCUGUGAAGAUGUUACCUAAGUGCCAGCAGAUCUGACCCACGAAGCCUGGAAAGAGAAGACCAUCAGGUUGUUGGGCGUGGUGCCGUCCAGCUCCACCUCCCCUAGAGGCCCCCGGACCUGAGGCAGAGGUGGAAGUGGGGUGGCCUGGCCCCGCUCCUGCAGACCCAUGGCGCGUCGGCUCCAGUUACUGACAUGGGACGUGAAGGACACGCUGCUCAGGCUCCGCCACCCCGUGGGGGAGGAAUAUGCCGCCAAGGCCCGGGCCCAUGGGCUGGAGGUGGAGGCCGCGGCCCUGGGACAGGCCUUCGGGCGGGCGUAUAGGGCUCAGAGCCACAGCUUCCCCAGCUAUGGCCUGAGCCGUGGCCUCACCUCCCGCCAGUGGUGGCUGGAUGUGGUCCUGCAGACCUUCCACCAGGCAGGCAUUCGGGAUGCCCAGGCUGUGGCCCCCAUCGCUGACCAGUUGUACGAGGACUUCAGCAGUUCCCGCACCUGGCAGGUGUUGGAGGGGGCUGAGGCCACCCUGAGGGGGUGCCGAAAACGAGGUCUGAGGCUGGCAGUGGUCUCCAACUUUGACCGACGACUGGAGGACAUCCUGGCGGGUCUUGGUCUGCAGGAACACUUCGAGUUUGUGCUGACCUCCGAGGCUGCCGGCUGGCCCAAGCCCGAUCCCCGCAUUUUCCAUGAGGCCUUGCGCCUUGCUCAGGUGGAACCGGCAGUGGCAGCCCACAUUGGGGACAGUUACCAAUGUGAUUACAAGGGAGCACGGGCCGUGGGUAUGCACAGCUUCCUGGUGGCUGGCCCUGAGCCUUUGGACCCUGCGGUCAAGGAUUCUGUACCCCAAGAACACAUCCUCCCCUCACUGUCCCAUCUCCUGCCUGCCCUUGACUGCCUGGAGGGCUCACCCCCAGGGCUUUGAGUCUGGCGAGGGAAGCAGUCGGCCCCAACAGACACUGGAGACAGGGAGCUCCUUCCUUCCCUGAGAUCUGGCCUUCACCCCCCCCCCCCGACCCCUGCAGCCUCCAUAAUGCAUUCCGACUAUAAAGCAGUGAAUGCGGGGCAUUCAGCCCUGCGCCACUAAUCAGCUCCUGGUCUCAGAUGCUUCAUUCCUCACACCUGUGUCCAUUUUCUACCAUGAGUACCCCCUCACCUCCAACAAGAUUCAUGAGGGCCCAACUAGCUUCAAAACCAACACUUUCAAACUUUCUUUUUAGCAGCAGGGCCUUUCGUCAUGGGAGAGCUUAUGUGGAACCCCAACAUGCAAAUCAGGAAAAAUGAAAAACUGCUAGGGUUGAAGCAGAGGCCCUGGGGCCCUUCAUUCAGGCCCUGAAGCCUCUGCGACUCUCCCCUGAGAAGCCUGAGAUCAGAGCUUAGU